GGUGGGGACCUGAGUUUAAAUGGCAGGAAGUGACGCCGCCGCCCGCCGUUGCCUAGAAACACAUUUUUCUGUAGGAAGGAGGAGCGCACGAGGAGGAGGAGGGGUGUCGGCGGGUGUGUUUCACACUCGCCUCCCUGGCGUUCGCGAGCUGACCCGAGGAAUGGUAAUCUCGCGGCAAAGCAGGGAGAAAGAAAAAAAGGAAACAAAAGAAAAAAGACUUUUAUCUGGGCAGAAAGUCACAACGCCCAGCGGCCAAACGUUUUUGAGCCGUGAAGUUGGUUGGUUGACUGCUCAGUUUGCAGAGCUUCUGCAGUCGGUUACUUACUUUCUCUGGACGGUUUCUGCUAUCUUGCUCUUUUCGAGCUCUAGCAUCGUUUGCAAAUACUUCAAUGACUUGGACCAAGUGCAAUGUUUUACUUCAUAGCUCAUCCUUUUAGAUUCGGAGUACAGGGAAAGGCAUCGUGGAGUGUUAGGGUUGGUUUUCAUCAGUCCUUUCUAAGGCCUUUACUUUCUACAUAGAGAAACGCGUAGAGAGAGAAGUUGUGAAUUGCCAAAGACAUGCCGUUAGAUUCCAGAUCUCCUGUGUUUGACCAAAGUUCUUAGUAUCUUAUUUGAACCAAAUUAUAUUGUAUUUGGAAUAUUGGGUAGCCACAGGCCUUUGGACUUCAGUGAUAUUCCAAACCGUUGGUGGCAAAUGACAUCAUGGAGAUACGAGUAAAAGAAAGUUGGGAAUUUUUUCCUCAUUAUAUUACAAACUCUUGAGAAUCCAGACUAAAUUUUAAAUGACUUGGUGUCACACUGAACACUUUGAAUAUAGUAGACAAUAAAGAUUAGGUGAAUGAGACCAGUAGCGGUGGCUUACGUCUGUAAUCCCAGCACUUUGGGAGGCCGAGGCAGGCAGAUCAUUUGAGGUCAGGGGUUCGAGACCAGCCUGGCCAACAUGGUAAAACCCCAUCUCUACUAAAAAUACAAAAAUUAAAAUUAGCCGGGCAUGAUGGUGCCCGCCUAUAGUCCCAGCUACUCCAGAGGCUGAGGCAGGAGAAUCUCUUAAACUCGGGAAGCGGAGGUUGUGGUGAGCCGAGAUGGCACCACUGCACUUCAGCCUGGGCAACAAAGUGAGACUCUGUCUAAAAAAAAAAAAAAAAGAAAGAAAGGUGAUUCCAUAUGGCAGUAAUUAAUCAAGAAGAUUUCAUGCAAAGAAAGAUUUUGCUAAAUUUAACAUAACAAUAACAAAAAAAGGUCACUGAAGUAGCAUCAAAUACAACAGCAGCAUUAACUAGUAAAGCUGAACACACCAUUUAUAACACAUCAUAGGCACA